CGUUGAGUCCUGUAUCCCGUCAGCAUGAAGACAGACGGAUCAGAAUCAGAUCAGAGCAGUGCACAUGCUUUCUAUCAGCUACUACUUUAACUAACUUACACUUAGCCAAGAUGGCGGAUUCCGACGACUGGGACGCUGAUAACUUCGAUCCGAGCGAGCCGAUCCGAGCUGUCGCCGGGAGGCUGGAUAGAUGGGAAGGCGAGGACGAGGAGGAAGACGUGAAGGAUAACUGGGAUGAUGAGGAGGAAGAGAAAAAGGAAGAAGAGAUGAAAGUUGAACAGAAAAAAGCAGAGGUGAAACCCCCUGAGAAGAAAAAAAUAACUGAUAAAAUAAAAGAAAAAGAAAAUUUGCAAAAGAAAAAACAAGAUGAGUUGAGAAAGAAAAUGGACAAAACAGCAAAAAGUAAGACUCUAUCUCCAGAGGAGCAGCAUGCAGAGAAGCUGCGACUGAAAAAACUGCAGGAGGAGGCAGACAUGGAAUUGGCCCGUGAGUCGUUUGGUGUUGAUCCUGCAGCUGCAAAUGCCUCUACUACUGUUAUCACAACAAACAAUGCCUCCGGAAUUGAAGCCAUGUGCCCUUCAUCCAAAGAUGACUUUGUUGCAUUUGAAAAAUUACUGAAAGAUAAGAUAACACAGUUUGAAAAAUCAGUGCAUUAUUCCAGCUUUUUGGAGUCACUGUUUCGAGAGCUGUGUAUUUCAUUGGAAGUAGAUGACCUGAAAAAAAUAAGUAAUUCUUUAUCUGUUCUGCUCAGUGAAAAACAAAGGCAAGAAAAGGAAAAGAAGGCAAAUAAGAAAAAGAAGAAAGGUGUACUCCCUGGUGGUGGAUUGAAAGCAAACAUUAAAGAUGACUUUGGUGAUUAUGGUGGUUUUGACGACGGCUAUGGCAAUGAUUAUGAUGACUUCAUGUGACGAAGGUUGAUCGUCCCCCUUCCCAUUCCCUCUCUGCCCAGAUGCCCUUGCAGACAUGCCACAUAACAAUUUCAUGCUUCUCAGUGCCUUCUUGGACACUGAACAAUGUGUCAACCCUUUGCUUGGUUCCAGUGGUGACAGAUUCCUCAUAAAGCUGCUAUCAGCGCAUGGCACCUCAGCGGCAAAUGGGGGAAAAGUACAUUUAUUCAGAUGGCCUUUGAAAUCUCAGUUUUAUUUCGAAAACAGUGUAUGAUGAGGGACAUUUUUAAUGGAGGUGUUUCCUCUGAUUGGCUUAAAUAAGCAUUUCAAUGCCUUCUAGAAAACAUGCAGACAAUAUCUUUUUUGUUUUCCUUGAAAAUGACUUAUGUUUAUAAACUGUGUGAUUUCAGUUACACAGAAGUAAAUGUGAUGCUCUAUGCAAAUUAAUUUCUUCUAACAAUGUCCUUAUUGAAAAUAUGGUUGUACUUUUCUUGCAUAUUUAUGCACAAUUGGAAACUGUUUUCCAGAUGUGAACCAUUCAACAUUUAAAAUAAUAGGACUUUGUCAGUGCUUUGAGUCAACACUACAUAAUGAACAGAGGAGGCACACUGACUAAAUGAAAGAAUGGAAACAAUGAAAGUAAAACAAAACUGAAUCCAAGCAUCAUCUUGAAUCUAUUGACACUGCUUUCAUAUGAAUGCAGAACAGACUACUUACGAUGCAGUGGUUUCUCUGCCAAAGUAUAUUUUGAAUUAACUCAGUAUUGCUGCACAUUUGAUCGAUUGAUGUUCCUUCGUGUUGCUCAUAUGACAAUAUAUGAUGGGGUUUAAUCAUCACUAGUUGAAGCAACAGAUCCAUGGGGUUUGUGCUUUUGUGUGACCCAUUGUUACUACACCGUAAGCUUCUACAGGCGUGAAUGAAGUAAAAUGAAAUGCAAACUUGUUAUUGGCAAAAAAUAUUUAUAAAACAGCUUGGAGGAUUUUCUCAUACAUUGUUAAAUUUGGGCAAUGAUAACAAAGACACAAAGGCAUUGUUUUUUUAAAGCUCUAAUUUAAUAAACUCAUUGGACUAAAGGAA